GAAACGCGCGUGCGUGCGUGCGCGCGGGGGAAGCGGGAGGCGCCUCAGCCGCCUUUGGCCCAGUGCGGUUUCCGUAACGCGCGCGCGAGAAAGAGAAAGGCCGCGCUCAGCGUGUCCCCGCGCGGCCGCCGUAGCGCGCUCUUUCCAGGGAGGCCUCAGGUUGCCAUGGCGGCGGCGGCGGCAGUGGCGGUUUCCUUCGUCUCCGCUCGGCGCCUGUGAGGGGGAAGUGGGCGAGUGGGGCCUAAGUUGGCGCUGCCGACCCGGCCGGCCAUGGAGGACGAGCUGUACCUGGAGAACAUCGACGAGUUCGUCACGGACCAGAACAGAGUCGUGAGUGGGGGAAGGGGUGCGAAAGCGGGGGGGGGGGGCGCAGGUGCUUCAGAGGGGGAGGGGCGGGAGGAGGGGGGCUGUUGGGGGGGGAGGGGGGGAUUGGCGGAGCGGGGGGGGCCCGAACUCACAGAAUAUUUUUUUAUUAUUUUUAUAUAUAAUUUUUAUUAGGUUUUUUUAACAUAUCAUUUUCAACAGUAGUUAAACAUACUUUUACAUCUUAUUCAAAUUUUUGACUUCCAUCAGUCUUGUCUGAUAAUUUUCCAAUCUAAUCUCUCAGUAUGCAUUUCUUAUCUUCCCUAUUGCAUUUCAAACCCAUAACCAAUAUCUCUUAUCUUUUUCUCCUUUGUAACACAUCAUAUAUUUCUCCUUACAAAACUUCUUGUAGUCCUACUAGCGUAAUUUGUUGAUGACAGUUGCUCUUCAAAUAGUUCAUAUACUUCUUCCAAUCUCCUGUAAAUCUCUGGUCCCGCAGGUUUCGAAUCCUUCCUGUCAUUUUGUCCAAUUCUGCAUAGUCCAUGAAUUUCGUCUGCCAUACUUCUUUCGUGAAGGCUCCCCACUGUCCUGAAGAGGCUUCGCACGGCUAAGCCAGAAGCUAGAACAGUGAGAGGGAUCGUUGCACAGCGAUCCCUCUCGCUGUUCUAGCUUCUGGGAUAGCUGCGCAGCCUGCAUUCGCUCCAUAAGACGCACACACAUUUCCCCUUACUUUUUAGGAGGGGAAAAAUGCGUCUUAUAGAGUGAAAAAUACAGUAUAUCCUACCUUUAACCUAAUGGCAGUGGGUUAAAAGAAAUUGGCACAGAAAUUACGACCUUGGCUCUCUAUGGGCGAUUGCAGUAAUGAUGGUUGGCAGUUUUUUGGGGGGCUGCUGGCACUUGUUUCAUGUUGAGAUUGGAUUGUUCUCCAUUGCAGGUAACAUACAAAUGGCUGAGCUAUACACUAGGUGUUCACGUCAACCAAGCUAAGCAGUAAGUAUUGAUAUAUUGAUAAAAAGAGGAGCAAGUCUUCUCAACUGUAGCUUCAGUUCUCCUCUUAAGGCUAAAUAAUUCUCCGUGGGAUUUUUUAAAAAAAGAUUGAGUAGAAUAAUUAUUUGUUGGACUCUUGACCCACCAGGCCACCUCCAAGGUGUGUGGUCUGCAUUCACUAAUAAUAACUUUAUCAAGGAACGUAAGGGAUUAAUCUUCAUUUUAGUGUCUCUGUCCCUUGCCCUCAUUUGCACAGGAUGUUGUAUGACUAUGUGGAACGAAAGCGGAAGGAGAAUUCGGGAGCCCAGUUGCAUGUCACCUAUUUAGUGGCCGGAAACCUCGUUCAGAAUGGACACACAGUGAGUGCACAGCUUCUUCCAUUACAAGUACAAAUGCAGUGGAGUUCAGUGGGUUACAAAGGGAAACAGAGCUUUCUGUUUGGAUUUUCAUUUGGAAAAACCCCCAGAAUCCUUUCUCCUAGGUAUCAUGUCAGAGGAAAUAAAAAGAACAGUCAGACCAAUAUUUAUAUAUGCAACUACGGCGGCAAGGUUAUUGAUUGCCAAAAAUUGGAAAAGCAGCAGCGUCCCAACUAAAACAGACUGGUUAUCUAAAAUGAUGGAAUACUUCCAUAUUGCCGAAGUAACAGGGAGGAUAAGAGGAGAUAUGGUACAAAAAGUGAAUAAGGAGUGGGCUAUCUUUAAGGAAUCCAUCAGAAUUUAUGUGGAAAAAGUAGAAUUUCUGAAAGAUACUGAGUGAAUCCAGAAAAUGAUUAGAGCGAAAGGAGAGUAAAGUUAAGAUAAAAGAAGAGAUUAAAGAAAUAAUGAAAUCCAUUUAAGCUAGUUGGAAAAAUAGUAACAAGAAUGGCUGGAAGUCAAGUCACUUAGUGGGUAGAUGUGUAGGUAUGUUGGUGUGUAUAGUAUAAAGGUAAAGGGACUCCUGACCAUUAGGUCCAUUCGUGACAGGCUCUGGUAUAGUAUAGGUAGGUAUUAUAUAGAGUAAUGUAUAGUAUAGUAUAGUGUAGAAUGUAUAGCAUAGGUAGGUAUUAUAUAGAGUAAUGUAUAGUAUAGUAUAGUGUAGAAUGUAUAGCAUAGGUAGGUAUUAUAUAGAGUAAUGUAGGUAUGUUUUAUGUUAUGAAAAUUAGGUAGUGUGUUGUGUACGUGUAUUGUGUAAGUGUAUAUGUAUGUGUUUUAGAUGUUAAUAAAAUAAAUAAAUAAAGUAUAUAUAAAGGGAAACAGAGCAGAUGGGGCUUAUCAACCUGGGAAGGUAGCCCAACCAGGAGAAGGAAGACUCUGAUCCUAAACAUCCACUGCCUUCUGGGAUAUCUUUGGGAGAAGAAAAAGCCAAGGAACAAACCCUACACAAAUCUGUAGUGGAGUCCCUAAGAUGGUUGGAUGGCACCUUGUGCACUUCCUUCCAGAGACUUCUGCAGCCAAGCUGGUGCCAAACAUAUUGCUCUGUUUUUCUUUGGACCCCGUCAAUGAGGGUGUGUGUGUGUCUUGUCGUCUGGGAGGCCUAGGACCUCCGUACACACAGCCCAGGCUUGCGCCCCGAGGAGGUCACCUCAGUGCUGCUAAUGCAGCUGUUUGACCUCACCCCCGGAGGCACACUCCAUUGUUAGGACAACGGGCUAAAGAAAGCGCACAUUGCUUCUGUAGUCAGUAACAGUUACUGAAAUUGUGUCUUACUGAAGCAUUAAGUGUUUGGGUUAAAACCAAAGUGACUAAAAAUAUUUGCACUUCCAACCAACUUCGCUCAGUGUGUUGAGUGUGUUACUUUCCCAUACAUUCUAGAGCAGCGUUCCAUGCAGAAAAAGUACAAACGCUGUCAUGUCUCUACAGGAGGGGUAACCAACACAGUGCCCUCCACAUCAGGCACCUCCAAACUCGGCCCUCCAGCUGUUUUGGGACUACAACUCCCAUCAUCCCUACCUAACAGGACCAGUGGUCAGGAAUGAUGGGAAUUGUAGUCCCAAAACAGCUGGAGGGCUGGGUUUGGGGUUGUCUGCUCCAGAUGCUGCUGGACUACAACUCCCAUCAUCCCUCACCAAUGGCUGUGCUGGCAGGGGCUGAUGAGAGUUGCAGUCCACAACAUGGGAGGGCACCCCAUUGGCUGCUCUUACUCUAAAGCAUCUGAGGUCCAUGGUGAUAAUAGAAUCAUAGACUUGUAGAGUUGGAAGGGGCUCCAGGGGUCAUCUAGUCCAACCCCUUCCAAUGCAGGAAUCUCAGCUAAAGCAUCUAUGACAGAUGCCCAUUCAACCUCUGCUUAAAAACCUCCAAGGAAGGAAAGUCCGUCAUCUCUUGUGGGAAUCUGUUCUUAUUGUCAGAAAGUUCUUCCUGAUGUUUAGUCGAAAUCUUCUUCCUUGUCACUUGAAACCGUUGGUUCAGGUCCUCUCCUCUGGAGCAGCAGAAAACAAGCUUGCUCCAUCUUCCAUGUGACAGCCCUUAGAUAUUUGAAGACUGCUAUCCUAUCUCCUCUCAAUCUCCUCUUGGUUCCUUUUAGCAUAGUAGUCCUCUUCAAACUUCAUUCAAUCAGAGGAUUUAUUAUUUGUGAGAGGGCAGCAGGCAAGAGCGUGCCCUCUAUGUGUGUCUGUUUUCAAUACCUUCCAACAGUGAGUCUUGUAUCCAAAGGCUUUCCACACAUUUUGGAAUCCUGGACAAUGAAUGAGCAGAAGGUGAUGAAAAUGGGCACUGGAGGCGGGGGCAUGCUUACUCGGCUGCCCUCCUCAUGAGUUGUUAACUGAAGAAGAAAUACAGUGGUGCCUCGCAAGACGAAAAGAAUCCGUUCCGCGAGUCUCUUCGUCUUGCGGGUUUUUUCGUCUUGCGAAGCAAGCCCAUUAGAGGUUUAGCGGCUUAGCGCUACAGUAUUAGCGGCUUAGCCGGCUUAAAGAUCAGCUGAUAAGCGGCUUAACGAUCAGCUGAUAGCGCAGCAUCAGCUGUUACGGCAGAUCAGCUGAUAACGCUGCAUCAGCUGUGCUUAAAGAUCAGCUGAUAAGCGGCUUAGCAUCAGCUGUUAAGCGGUUUAGCGGCUUGGGAAAAAGGGGGGGGGAGGAAAAAAACCCCGCAGGAACUCGCAAGACAUUUUCGUCUUGCGAAGCAAGCACAUAGGAAAUUCGUUUUGCGAAGCACCUCCAAAACGGAAAACCCUUUCGUCUAGCGGGUUUUCCGUCUUGCGAGGCAUUCGUCUUGCGGGGCACCACUGUACCGUACUUUUCGCUCUAUAAGACGCACCAGACCAUAAGACGCACCUAGUUUUUGGAGGAGGAAAACAAGAAAAAAAAUAUUCUGCAUCUCAGAAGCCAGAACAACAAGAGGGAUCGCUGCGCAGCGAAAGCAGCAAUCCCUCUUGCUGUUCUGGCUUCUGUGAUAGCUGCGCAGCCUGCAUUCGCUCCAUAAGACGCACACACAUUUCCCCUUACUUUUUAGGAGGGGGAAAGUGAGUCUUAUAGAGCAAAAAAUACGGUAAAUGAAAUGGCAACUUUCUUGUAGUAGUGAGUUUGGUCCAGCAGAGGGCACUACUGUGCUGCGAAAGGGACAUUCCUGAACACUGGGUGUUUGAAAUACAGUAUAGGCUUUUCAAGGUUGUGGGAGGUGUUGAGCUGAUACUGUUGUCUGUGAUGAUUUAUAACUGAUAAUUUUAAUUGUUUUGUAGAAUACAUUUUGCAGUAUGUUGUAACCCACCCUGGGAGCAUAGGGUGAAUGGUGGAUAGUUAAUAAUAGUAGUAGUAGUAGUAAUAAUAAUAAUUUUAUAUAUAUAUAUAUAUAUAUAUAUAUAUAUAUAUAUAUACACACACACACACACACACACACACACACACACACUGUCAAGGUGUUUAUAUGAGAGGGCAGCCCCCCCCCCCGAAAUAGGAUCACUGCCUAGUACUACAGUGGUGGGCAAGGGAAACCAGAGCUUAUGGCACCUAAUAUCAGGUAUCUUAUUAUUCACACAACAAGAGAAAUUCACACAAGUCCUUUUGAAAUACUUAAGCUAGAAGUUGGGGGACAAGACUGAGGCUGCAGUCCUAAGUUGCUUUCUUAAAAGUGAGUUUUACUGAGAUCUAAAAGAUUUUGUUGCAGGUUAAAUACGGUAAGGAUCAGAAUAUUGCUUUACUAGCUAGAACAAAGAUCUCAGGGUCAUGAGUUUGAACCCCACGCUGGGCAAAAUAUUCCUGCAUUACAGGGGGUUGGACUGGAUAGUCCUUGUGCCCCCUUCCAAUUAUAUGAUUUUAUAUUUUGCUUCUUUAAUAAGUUGCCAUUUCUUUACAGUGCCACAAGGUUGCAGUAGUGAAAGAAGAAAAGCUAGAAGGUAGGUCUAUUGAGAGCAGUGCUUCCAAAGAAGCUUGCUCUGUCUUUGUAAAUAAUCCUAACAUCACUUUUUUCCAUUUGCAAAUUUAUGAGUUUGGGUAGUAUUGCUGGUUUGUCUGGAACACCUUGCUUCCAUGCUAUUUUCUAAGGAUGCUCCCACAUUUGUUGCCAACUCACCUCUGUGUAGUAGUAAAGCCUCUAGAGUGAGGAACGGAAAACACAGCAUUUAACAUUGGUUUGGAAUACUUAAUGCAACUAUGGUGUGAGAGUGAGGAAGAGAAAAUAGACAAAGCUACAUAGGACUUCACCUUCACAUACCUUUGGAAAGGUGUCUGCAGCAGCAUACUUUGUAGCUUUGUAUUUAUGCACUUUGUACCUGGGGGAAGAACUGUACCCUAGUUGUAGGCCGGCUGCUUUUGAUCCAGAAGUCCCCAGGCACCUCCAGAUAGGGCUGGUUUUUAGAUCGCUGUCUGGAAACCUGGAGAGUCUCUGCCAGCCAGUAUAAAAAAUACUGAGCCAGGGGGACCAGUGUUCCUACUCAGUCUAAGGCAGUUUGCAUGCAGGUGAGGGAGUGGGCUGGGAAAUAAUGCAAACAGCCACCUUCCCCCACUGACCCUCUGAUUGCUCUUGGCGCGGAGAUUGGUUGGCUGAAAUGUGAGAGGGUUAAGGGAGCUUGUACCUGUUGGAAGUCAAUUAUAAUAAAGAGGUGGGUGAAGGUUACCUCUGGAGAGGCUCGGCAUGUCUUGCCUUAUAUACUUAACCAUAAACUAAAGGUAAAAGUUAAAGGGACCCUUGACCACUAGGUCCAGUUGUGGCCGAUUCUGGGGUUGCGGCGCUCAUCUCGCUUUAUCGGCCGAGGGAGCCGGCAUACAGUUUCUGGGUCAUGUGGCCAGCAUGACUAAGCCGCUUCUGGUGAACCAGAGCAGCGCACAGAAACACAGUUUACCUUCCCGCCGGAGCGGUACCUAUUUAUCUACUUGCACUUUGACGUGCCUUUGAACUGCUAGGUUGGCAGGAGCAGGGACCAAGCUACGGGAGCUCACCCCAUUGCGGGGAUUCGAACCGCCGACCUUCUGGUUGGCAAGUCCUAGGCUCUGUGGUUUAACCCACAUUGCUACCCGUGUCCUGUGAACCAUAAACUACUGUAUCCCAAAAACUUGAGGGAAAUAACUUAAAAGAGCACAAACCUCUUUAAUGCAGAAUAGAACCUAGACUGAAUGUUAACAAGCCACAUACCUGGUUUAAACUCUAAUUUCUGAAUGCUCAGUCCUUUUUCAUUCCUAAGGGGACAUUGCCUACAUGUCAACUUUCCCCUACCCUGUUCUACUCGCUCCUUUCAUCCAGUUAAACCUCUGUGUUGUCUGACCUUUCUCAGGGGGAGUUGUCAUGCUUCCUGUCCCCUCCUGCCUUUUCCUCUUGACGGGCUCCCCUUCCCCCGCUCAAGCAACGCAAACAGUAUUCAAGGACCAGACUCUCAAACAACUGCCCAACAAUUUUGGCGCUCCAGUUGCUGCAGUCCCUGAGGUCAAACGAGGAGACAGAUGAUCAGGUGUUGCCUGAAUGAGUUGUCCUGAAGCACUCUCCUUGGAAGUCUCCUCUUCCUGGUUUGAGCACAUGCUAUUUUCAGUUGCGGUCAGGACAAUAUCCCUCCCUGCUUUGAGGACUAUGACAAGCACCAGACCUAAGCCUGGGUGGAGAGCUAGGCUUGUCCACAUUGGGCUGUGCUGUCCUUUGCAGGCACAUGAAGCACUUUUGAAGCACAGCGUGAUUGCGGGGAGAAUCCUGCCCCACCUCCAAACACAGGCAGUUAGAGCUACAGAAGCAUGGUGCAAUGUGUACUAGUCCCAGCCCUCUUCCUGAGCUUGGAAAAGGGGAUCCGUUCCCAGUCUUGCACUCUGCUCCAGAAGCACUUAGACAGCCUCUGAGAUCCAGCGCGACACCAGAGAUAAAGAUCCCAUCCCAGGCAACAAUUCUGGCCAGAAUCAAUGUGCUUCUGGCUGCAAGUCUGUCCUGCAAAAAUUGUGCAACCUCAGCCAGUUGUCCGCAUGGGGUGGGGGGGGGGGGAAAGUGUGAUGCAGAAGCGAAAGCAUCUGAGAGUACAGCCAGCUACUGUAGAGGUGAGACAGACAUUCCUCCAAACUUCUGUUUCGACCAAACUCUGCUUCGUGUGAUCUGAUACAGCCUUGGCAGAAGCGCUUGGGCUGCAAGCCCUCAGAUUGUUAUCGCAGGGCUAAUGUUUCUCCUUCCCAGGGGAGAGGCAUGUGGGCUAGACAUUUUGACUACAAAUGCUUUUGUAGCCAUAAUUCAGCUUUAUGGUAGACAGUCUUACAUUGUGAGUCUCUUGACAGCCAAACGUUCAGCUGCCAAGAGCAUGAUAGUUUCAGAAUAGCCGCUUUAGGUACUGAGUGAAACUGGCAAGGAGCGAUGAAGGCUUCUCAUGAGAGCCUUCUAAGGUGUCCUGGGAUUGGUUCGUUUGUUGGGUGUCCAUUCUCGAUUUUAAGAGUUACCCCCUCCCAAUAUUUCCCCCAGUUUGGUGCCAUGAUCAUACACAUAUUGCCAUUGUAUAUGGAGGCACCAGUUUGCACAAGCUUCAUCUGAGCAUACAAGUAUGGCCUCCCAGCAGCCCGGUGCACUCCCAGAUCGCUUGUUGAGUUGCGAACCAUGCCACUGCAAAAUGGUUGCUUUUUAUAAGGUCCUUUCCAUUUCACAGACCUGUCUUCCUUUUCAGCAAUGAAGUCGAAGCUGUCCACCAUUGCCAGCGUGCACGUCUACAGCAUCCAAAAAGCCAUGCUCAAGGACAGCAGUCCGCUCUAUAACACGGACUACGAUGUCAUCAAAGCAAACCUGCAGAACUGCAGCAAGUGAGUUCUGUCUUGGUAACUGAUCUGCUGGUCAUCCAGAUAAGCCCACCUUUAUCUUGCCAUCAUUGUAGAUUGUGCUCAGGCUGUAAGCGAUCUCCAAAACCCAUCCCAGAGGGUUCCUUCUUGUGCCCCUGCAGUAGUGGUUUUCCCCACUCUGCUAGGAAAAGUUUUGAGCUGUUUCUCCCCCCUCACACUGCUGGUUUUUCUUUUGCUUACUGUUUCAAUUCAGAGUCGGCAACAUGCAAAGUGUUCCAAACUUUUCCUUUCUGACAGUCCGUUCAAGUUUAAUUGCUAUGUUCUCAUUUACCGUAUUGGCCCGAAUAUAAGCCACACUUUUUUUCCUAAUUCCAACCGUGAAAAGUUAAAAGUGCAGCUUAAAUUUGUGACCUUGCAAAAAUUGACUUUUUUACGAUAUCGCUGCUGAAACAGACAUACAGUAAAAUGGAACGGGUGUGAGUGCCUGCAGAAUUUUAAGGGAGUGGCUUAUAUUUGGGUAUUGUCUUUUUUUCUUUUUUCUCCCUUGAAUUUUAAAGGUGCAGCUUAUAUUCAGGCCAAUACAGUAUUGCUUCACUUGGAUUGACUGAGUGAUUAUUAUUUAUUUAAUUCAUAAAAACUGAACGUAUCUUAAUUGUAAAAAAAUCUCAAAGAUGUUUACAAAAGAUGAACAGUAAAAUCAAGAAAAAUUUACAACCCUACUUUAAGGCAUGCAGAAGCUAAAAUACUAAAACAGGUUAAAAUCACCUCAACUUUCUAAGCAGCUGAGUAAACUUGUCUAAACAGGAAUGUUUUUAGCAGGUGCAAAAAGAGUACAGUGAGGGCACUACUUGAUCUCAAUAGGCAGGGAGUAUUUCAUAUAUUUAUAUCCUGCCUUUCCCCCAAGUUGGCAUGAAAAUAAUUUUGUUCUUCUGGCCAGUUCUCUUCAGUGAAAAGAGAUUCCCUUGCUUCCUGUCCACACUGCUGUGCUUGGGCAAGUGACUCUUAGGACAAGUUUAAAAGACAUUUGUAUAAAAAGGAACAGAAACCUUUCUCGGUCUACUCCCAUCUUAUUGGUCAGUAUAACAUAACGUUGUCGCACAUGUUUAAGGAAUGCGUGAGAAAUGAAACAGGAAUUGUUUUCUCAGGAAACACCUUUAUCCCAAGGCUCUUUGAGAGUUUUUGGCAUGGAUGUCAAAUGAUAAAACUUCCAAGUCAUGCUAACUGAAGUUUUCCCCCUCCUGCUACCCAGGUUUAGUGCUAUUCACUGUGCUGCUGCAGUUGCUAGGACAGCCGCUGAAAUGUCUCGCGUCGAAACCCUGGCCCAGGUGGAUCACCAGCCACCUCAUGGCAUGGAUAAAGCUGCUACUCCUGUGGUCAACGGCCAUGCCCCAAGCGCUUCUUCAAAGCAGACCUCCCAGCAGGCCAAGGGCAUUAUGGGAAUGUUUGCGGCCAAGUCUUCCACCAAGUCCCAGGAGACCCCGAAAGAGACCAAAGUGGAAGCUAAAGAGUUGCCAAGUGUAAGUUUCCAGGCUUUGGCACCCUUUGUCAUUAGCUACCCUCCCCCCCCCCCCGGGACGCGGGUGGCGCUGUGGGUUAAACCACAGAGCCUAGGACUUGCCGAUCAGAAGGUUGGCGGUUCGAAUCCCCGCGACGGGGUGAGCUCCUGUUGCUCGGUCCUGGCUCCUGCCAACCUAGCAGUUUGAAAGCACAUCAAAGUGCAAGUAGAUAAAUAGGUACCGCUCUGGUGGGAAGGUAAACGGCAUUUCCGUGCACUGCUCUGGUUCACCAGAAGCGGCUUAGUCCUGCUGGCCACAUGACCUGGAAGCUGUACGCCGGCUCCCUCGGCCGAUAAAGCAAGAUGAGCGCCACAACCCCAGAGUCGUCCGUGACUGGACUUAACGGUCAGGGGUCCCUUUACCUUUACCUUUUUACACUCCCCCCCCCAAAAAACUUCAUCUCAGGGCUGCACUGUAAAGUGCAGCUUUGGACACAAAGGCAUGAAAGGGAGAACAAAUACAGUUCGCUUUGAAUAUGUUCAUUCCUUCCAGGCCUCCACAGCAAGUAGCAAGGCACCUGCUAAAGGAAAUCUGCUGAACAACUUCUUUGGAAAAGCUGCUCUGGGUAAGGAUUGUCGAGCUCCUGCUUGUGUUGCCUGCCCCAUUGUCAAGGGCUAAAUACAGCUUACAGCAUUUACAUUCAAAUCCUUGGCUCCAAAGGGCUUAUUAUAGCUAGAUAAAGGAUAAACUAGCAAUUUGUUCCUAAGCAUGUCUCUUCAUUUGCAAAUCUUAAGGAGUUCAGCGGGGAAAUAUAGGUAACAAAGGCUUGCUGAAACAAAACGUUUUCAGCAGGCUUGUUGAGGAUGCCAGCAUAAUGUCAGUAGGCAGGGAUUCCCAUGGCACAGGUGCUGCCAUUUUUUGGCUCCUCCACUGAAGGUCUGGAGGGUGGCAACACGAGAAGAGGCCUUUCCAGUGUUGGCUUCUCACUUGUGCUCUACCCAGAGGCUCACUUGGUGCCUUCAUUACUUAUCUUUAGGCACCAGGCAAAAAGAUUUAAUUUCCCCAGGCCUGUGGCUUUUAGUUAUCUGUGGGUAGGUUUUUUUAGUCCUACCUUUAAAAAAUAUGAAUGAGUUUUAUAUUUUUCUCUUGUUUCAGUUUUAUGCUGGUUUCAAUGUGUGUGUUACUGAUUUGUUGUGGUAAAUCACUUUGAAUUAUUUUGUUGGAAAAAAAGCGACAAAUAAGUCUACUUAAAAAUAAAUAAAUCCUGCUGUACAUGCAGACCAGGCCUGAGUACGCUUAGGACUGCUGUAUCGUGUGUGAUUUAUUACACUGCUCCAGUAGCAUCUGUCCAGAUUUUCUUUUGUAGUUUUGCAACAUACUUCUAUCCCUUCCCCACCUUUUGUGAGAGUGGAGCCCCUUGUUGUAGCCAGAUCCUACCAUAGGGAGCAAACUGGUAAACUGCAGCCUUCCUGCUUUCCCUUGUGACAAAUGCAGGCAAAGCAAGUCCUGAACCCGAACAGCGAAAGGAAGAGAAAGCUGCAGCCAAGUCCCCAGUGGAACCCAAAUCGCUUCCGGGUGCACCAGAACGUGAGAAACCCAGCAAGAAAGCUGAUCCUGCAAGAGGACAGCAGAAGGACAAAAAAAGGUAGCCCUCCCCAUUUAAGUUUUUGGUUGUCUAAGGCUUUGGGGGUAUAAAUGGCCAGCUUGGCUCAUUCAUUUGCAGAAGUUCAUUGUACUGUAACGGAGUGCCUGGAAGGGGAGGAAGCAGGCACACAGAUUUUUAAAAGGCCGAGUCAAGCACUGAAUUGCAUAAGAAGUCUUGAACUCCACUGACUUUCUUCCAGACUGAUUGCACUUUUAAAUGCUCAGAAACUGGAGGCAGGAUUGCAAAUGACGUCAGUAUUAAAGCUGGGGCUCGUUGCUGUUUUCCAUCCUAAUUUUUCCUUUUAAAAACCACUCAAGUAAAAUGUGCACACACAUUGCAGUAUUGCAGUAUUACUUGAGUAUUACACAAAUAACACAAACAGUUCGGUGAUUCAGCUUUAAAUUAGCUGCAAUUGUCAUCACUUCUCUGAUUCUAAUUUUGAGAGCAGCAGAGCAAAAGCUGCUAGAUAUUCUGCGACUGCUAAACCUAAAUUUGUGUCCAGAAUAAAUUUUACCAAUAUUGCAGGCUUCUGUGAGUUUCUGGAGCUCAGAUACUUUUCUUCAGCGCUAGAUUUGUAUGUGUAUAGAGUGCCUGGAAGGACUGAGGUGCAGGUGGGGAGCAUUGUAGGGGGGGGGGCGCAGAAAGGAACGGGUUGUUGAAAGACAGAGCAAGACAAGAAAAAGGCAUGCAUGCAUGCACACACCCCAUAUUGCAUUUGUAUACUUUAGCUUGGUGCCUAAUAGAAAUCUAUCACAGGAUGACAGGAAUAGCUGCUUCACCAGAAUCAUAUAAUAGCAGAAUUCUGGACUGGAAUCCUUCUGUGCUUACUUUUAAUUUUAGCUCAAACAUUUGUCUGCAGCCUGGUGUGGGCAGUUUCCUGUUGUGGAGGCCCCCUCCUCGCUUGACUUUUAGCCAGUCAGCUGAUUCUAACUAGCUGCCUUGUUUUUAGCCCCAGAGGCCUGGAGAAAAGGAUGCCCCUUUGGCAGAAGAGCAGAGGCUGCAGUGCCCAGAGUUGUCUCUGCCACCAGCGCUAGCUAGCUGGCACCUUCCCAUCAGUGCUGAAAGAAGCCAUUUAAUUAAUUUUUUUCCCACUAGUAAAAAUAUGAUCAUGCUAAAAUGUAUUUCAAAGCCACUCCAGACAUCUGAGACACUACCUCAUAGCGACUCCACUAAAAGAGUAUUGAUUGGCUGUUUUGGACGUGAUUUCUUGUAAAAACUGUGCUUUGGGGACAAACUUGUUUAGACCCCCCCAGGCAGGAUGAGAUCCCAGGUCUGGGGGAUAUUAGCUUUCACAGCUCUGCAGUCGCUUUCAUAACAUGGCAUUUUGCACCUGAGAUGUCAUAGACUUUUACGUCCUGCCCUGUUCAAGGGUUCAGAACAAGUUGAUUAGUUUUGGGGGAUCUUGGGUGGGCUGGUGGUCGAUGCUGUUUUUAAUAACAUAUUGUUUUGUUGGCCUCAAGUCAGAGGGUGCUGGCUGGUAGUUAUUGUGGUGACACUGAGGUCUAAACCACUGAGCCUCUGGGGCUUGCUGAUUGGUGGUUCGAAUCCCUGCAAUGGGGUGAGCUUCCGUUGCUCUGUCCUAGCUCCUGCCAACCUAGCAGUUUGGAAGCACGCCAAAAAGUGCAUGUAGAUAAAUAGGUACCACUCCGGUGGGAAGGUAAACGGCGUUUCCAUGCACUGCUCUGGUUUCUGUGUUCCGUUGCGCCAGAAGCGGCUUAGUCAUGCUGGCCACAUGACCCGGAAAAACUGUCUGCAGACAAACGUUUGCUCCCUUGUCCUGUAAAGUGAGAUGAGCGCCACAACCCCAGAGUUGUCCACGACUGGACUUAACUGUCAGGAGUCCUUUACCUUUACCUUUUCCAAUUGCUAGGAAACCAGCAAGUGCCCCCCCCCCCCCAGCCCAACGGCUCCUGUGCCUCCCUUCUUACUCUGGCUUCCUGAGCGCUGUUAGUGGCAUGGCAUUCAUAUCUGCACCCAGGUGGUUAUGGUUCCUGAUUUCUGGACUGCCGUUUGGCCCGCACUCGUCUUCCUCUGGAUAGAAUCACUACCUUGGAUCGUUCUGUUCGUUUUUGAUUGCAGAAUAUACGUGACCCUGGGAGCAUCUUUUCAGCUCGUUUCUUCCUCUAGAGUUCAGCGUAUGCAGCCGUCUUUAAUUAUAGGUGGUAGAAGAGGAAAAGCAUGCUGCUAUUGUUCUUCCCUCCAGAUUAGCAGUUGCGCGUUUUGCGUUUGGAGAAGUUGUUCUCUUUCCGCCUGUUCCACACCCCCAAAUACAUUUGAGGUGACGAGCAUUAUUUAUUUGCAGAACAAAGAGGCUGGAGAUGUCAGACGAGGAGGAGAAAGAGGUUGAGAGCCUGAAGAGAAAGAGGCGUCGGAUCAAACAGCCUCAACCCGAGAGCAGCGAUGACGAGGGUAAAUGGAAGAGGGGGGGUGGAGGUUUGAGGAGAUUGCAGUUACAUUGAAGCCAGUAUCUCUAGGAGAUCCUGGUCUUCUUGGAAGUAAGUGGGUACAGCAGUGCUAAGCAUCUGCCCUGGAUAAGUGCAAAGUCCCAUCCAACGAGACUUCUCUUUCUCCUUGUGUCUUUGCUAUAAAUGGUUAUUCUUUCUGCCCAGGCAUACGACCCUUCGUCUUACCACUAGGGAAAUGCAGACUUCCAUGCUGAAAAGAGAUCGCCUCUUUGCAGGUGUUUUAUUUAUUUUUGAGUUGCAGAAUUCUUCCCCAUCAUACUGGUUUCAAAUGAGCCCUUGGGGCAGGGCAGGCGGGGGCUUAACAAAGAGCUUCCAAUAAAAUGCAGCUCAUGAAAAGGAAAUGUAGCAGAAAUUAAAAAUCAAAUAUAUACGAUAUGUGAUUAAGAAAGCAGGCUUAAUUUCUGCUGAAAUUAAAUCUGCUUUGUUAAUCAAAGCCUGAGCCCUCUCUCUGAUACAGUGGCAACAGAGAUUGUGGCAAUGAGAAGUCUGUUGUAACCAACUAAGUUCUGCUCUUGAGUAGACCUAUUGAAAGGAAUGGAUUUAAGUCGUAACCACAAAUAUAAGUGGAUCUGUAUGGCUAAUGUUGGAGACAACCCUUUGUUACACAAGAUACACAAAUAUCCAUAAUUCACUUUCUCUAUGGAAUCCAUGAUAUUUCUUUUGCAAGAAACUUGGAUCUUUUUCUUUUUAGCAUAACCUUGAUAAUAGGUAAGCGAAGGGCAAUAGGAACUGUGUAUGGAAGACAGUAUCCCAAAUGAAAGGCAGGAUGUAAUUUAAAAACAAGUAAGGGGAGGCAGGAAGACAAGCACAGCACAGUAGCUCCCACCCCAAAUACUGACACCCUCUGCAGGUAUCAGCAGUCUCUCUUUCAAAUGCAUCCCCGCAGCCCUCUGGACCAGCAGCUUGCUGGGUGAUUUUUUAAAAGAAAGGUAAGAUUUUUUUAAAGACAUUUCUUGCAGAGUGAGACUAGUUGGCUCCCUCUUGGAGCUGAGUUCUGUUUCUUGGCAAGAGCCUGCUGCCACGAGUCUCCCCAAAGCUUUUGUUCUGUCUUCUGGGAGCAGCAGCAUCUAGCCAGGCUCUUGUAACUCACCGCAGCUACCUUGUCUCAAUGAAUAAGCCGGGGUUUGUUUUGUGGAGAGUUGUAGGAUUCAAAAUUGUUUCUAAAAUGGUCCAAGUGAUGGCACUGAAAGCCAAGCUGCCAAGACAAUGGAUAUGUCUCCAGGAUGCUCACCUGUAACAAGGACUUCCGUGUUCCCAUUUGGGCAGAUGCAGGGCUGCUGUCUGUAGUAAAUUGCCAUAUCAUAAGUUGGGAACCAGAUGGAGUGGGAGUAAUAAUAAUAAUAAUUUAUUAUUUAUACCCUGCCCAUCUUGCUGGGUUUCCCCAGCCGCUCUGGGCGGCUUCCAACCGAAUAUUAAAAACAAUACAGCGUCAGACGUUAAAAACUUCCCUAAACAGGGCCGCCUUCAGUUGUCUUUUAAAAGUAAAAUAGUUGUUUAUUGCCUUGACAUCUGCUGGGAGGGCGUUCCACAGGGCAGGAGCCACUACCGAGAAGGCCCUCUGCCUGGUUCCCUGUAACCUCACUCUGAACCUGCGCUCUCAACACAACAGGCAUCCAGCAAGCCAGGCAGCAGAAGAAAUUUGGGAGGCCAAAGUUAAAGUGUAAUUAGCAGCAUCACAGAAGAAAACAAAACCAGAUACUGUGUUGGUUUGUCCCAGGAAGGCUGGGAAUACACAGUUAAAGCUGUUCCUCUGCCUUAAAGGCCGCAUGGUGGAGAUUGUCAUCAUAACCUUUGCUGCUGCCGUUUAGUAUAUCAAGGUACAAAUGGUACUUUGUCACCUUUUCCAGUUCAGGCAUAUGCGCACCUGGUGGACAGGCUGGACUUUUCAGUAGCACCUUGCAAGUUACAAAGGGUCUUGCUGAAGGGGUGAACCGGAUUUUUCACCUCGACCCCAACUGCAUUUAUUCUCACAAUCGGAUAACAAUCGCGAGAAUUUGGGAUUUAAGCCCUUAAAGGAACCUCUUGGUUGCUCCAUCAGUCCUCAUCAAUACGAGGACAGCGCACCUUGGCUGCUGCCACCGCUUCAUCUGACUGCGCAUAUUGAGGUGUGUAUUUUUGUGCAAUGCCCCAUGCGCUGCCAUCUACCUCACUGCUCGUGUUUCCACUCCUCCCCUGACAGAAGAAAUCAAUUCAUUCUUCCGUGGUUGGAAGCCGUCCACCAGUAGAUCUCAGCCCUGCUUAACCUGCAAAAGGUCGCUGGGCCUGAUGCCUGGCCCAGACGCAACAUUCCUGGUAUUGACCUAAUAAGCUGGGCUGGUUUCACGUCCAAAAAAACACAAGUCGCAACUAUGGUAUGAGCACAGAGCUGCCGCCAGCCAAAUGUGGAUUGAAAGGGAAGCUUGGCUGGUGUUCUGUCCAACAUUUCCGUUAUUUCUAUUAAGCAAGCAGGUUAGCAGGGCAAGUCCCUUCUCUGCUUGCUUACCCUGAGAGAGACUCCCCGUGGCAGUUGUUCUCCUUGAACUCAGCAGGGCUUCCUUGCAACCUUUCAACCAGUCAGGGUGACGCAGCGGGGGGUUGAAUGAUAGAGGUGCCGCAUUCCUGUCAGCUCAGGGGAGCAUUAAAAUGAAAUCUGCCUUGUGAUCAUCAGUGGCUUUCGCCAUUCUCUUUGGCAGAACCACAACAGGUUGUAAAUUGCUGCCGUAGCUGAACCCAAAUAGCGCAGAGUAAUCAACGCGAAAUGCCCAGGGUUUAGUCGGGAAAGGAUCUGAGGACCAAAACAUUUUUGAAAGCGUCUUGUAGAAUUGAGGAGAGGUUAGUAACCUCUGUAUUGACGAGGGUUUUAGACUGCUUGAUUGUAUCAGGGUUUUUUUAAAGCCACCUCCAGCCAUUAGAAGGGAUGCGGGUGGCGCUGUGGGUUAAACCACAGAGCCUAGGACUUGCUGAUCAGAAGGUGGGCGGUUCGAUUCCCCAUGACUGGGUGAGCUCCCGUUGCUCGGUCCCAGCUCCUGCUAACCUAGCAGUUAGAAAGCACGUCAAAGUGCAAGUAGAUAAAUAGGUACUGCUCCGGCGGGAAGGUAAACAGCGUUUCCGUGUUCUGCUCUGGUUCACCAGAAGUGGCUUAGUCAUGCUGGCCACAUGACCCAGAAAAACUGUCUGUGGACAAACGUCGGCUCCCUCGGCCAAUAAAGCGAGAUGAGCGCCGCAACCCUAGAGUCGGUCACGACUGAACCUAAUGGUCAGAGGUACCUUUACCUUUACCAGCCAUCAGAGAUGCAUUUUCCCAAAGCUAGUGUCAAUGCUUCCAGUUUCAUACGUUAAACUGCAUUCAUGGAUAUGGUUCAAGAGGAACAUACUUUUGAUAGGUUUUGCAUUCCAGUAAACUGAGGAUGGUCUGGUGCAAGGACUGGUUAGAUAGCCAAGCUGCCAAGAACUUAUCUAAUGGCAUAGCAGGCCUGAGAUGUAGUGGGUAUAUCACAAGGGAAAGCAGAGUAUUUCUGGGAGCCUUUACGAAUUUGUCUUCUUACGAUCCAGCUCAUAUAACGCAGCUCCUGCAAAAUCUCAAAUCAGAGCUUUCAGUACUGAAGGAUAUGUUUUUAUUUGUGCUUGUUGCAGAGAACGUCUUAAAUGUGUGAAUUUACAGGAGUGUUGGGCUAUAACAUGAGUUUUUCCGAGGGGGUUGUUAGAAAUGUUGCUUUUGAGUCCAUUCUACCACACUUUGCUGUACCCUCUCGCCCAACGAAUCAAACACAUUUAAGAGCCCUAAACGGCCUCAGCCCAGUAUACCUGAGGUCCAGCGCCAAGGGCCUUCUGGCGGUUCCCUCAUUGUGAGAAGCAAAGCUACAGGGAACUAAGCAGAGGGCCUUCUUGGUAGUGGCACCUGCCCUGUGGAACGCCCUCCCACCAGAUGUCAAAGCGAUAAACAACUACCUGACAUUCAGAAGACAUCUUAAGGCAGCCCUGUUCAGGGAAGUUUUUAAUGUGUGACAUUUUAGUGUAUUUUUUGUCUUUGUUGGAAGCCGCCCAGAGUGGCUGGGGAAACCCAGCCAGAUGGGCGGGGUACAAUUUUUUAUUUUUUUUAAAGAGCCUAUAUUGGCUGACCAAAAUGGAGCAUGUACACUUUUGCUUUUGAAAGGUGCCUCACUGCUUCAUUUUCCAAGCUGGCAUCAGGGCCCUUAUGAAGAUCAGGCCUCAAAUACGCAUUUCAGUGGCUGAUUUAGAAAAGAGGCAUGUUUGCCCUGGCUUGAACUAGACAAGCAGUAAUAAAUAUCCAGCGCGCCAUGUGGAGGCGCACAAGGCUGCUACCAUUCCUUGGGUUCUGUGAUGGAAGCAAGGCAAAAUGCAAAGGUAGGAAAAUAAAUGAACAGAAUGACAUAAUAAUGCUGCAAUCUCUCGUUGGGCCACGGUUCCAAAGCUGCAACUUAACUCCUCUUUUCCCCUGCAGAUGUCCCGGAAUCGCCUGUAACUCCUGAAGUGAAAGACCUUUCUCCUGAGCCAGACCCGAACCCAGAGCCUGAUCGUCUGACCAUGGAGGUAAAGACUGGUUUUGCAUGCAUGUUUCAGACAUUAAUGGGUGAAAAACCUCCUUCUGAUUAAUCGGUCGGAAACCCCACAUUCUGAACAUGGGGUUGUCUUUUAUGCAAACAUCGCUUGCUUGGCUUACAUAAUUUUAUGGAGUGGGGAGCAUUUUUGUGGGGUUGGAGGCAGAAGGAAUUAAGGAGGAAGUCUUACCUGGGUCUAAACUACAUUUCUAAGGUCUCAGUAGAAGCUCCACUUGCUUCUUAAUCUUGCUUAACAAUAUAUAUAUAUAUAUAAAUGUAUCUCAAGCUGUUGCUUCUCAUAUACUAGAUCACUGGCCCAAAGUGGCAGAAUUUGGAAUGUAGUGCAAGAUGAGUGAUUCUCAGUUCAGCUGUAAUUGCUUUCAGUGCCUUCUUUGUGACUGAUGGGCUUAGUGAGAAGUGAAUUCUUUGUGGCCACAGCCUCCGUUACAAAUGAUCCGACCCAGUCAUGCAAUCACAAGCAGAUGCCACUUUGCUCUUAACGCUUGGCUGAAAACCCAAAGUUUGGCAAAGAGACAAAACCUAUUUGCGUUUUUGUCAGAGCCGGUCAACAUCUCCAGGAGCCCAAAAGGUUUCACUUCAGAAUCAAUUCAGCAAACUUCUCUCUUCAAAGUGGGGUGAAUGAAGAAAUUGGAUGUAUUCUGGUUGUUAUAAAACGCCACCCAACUUCCAACUUGCCCCAGCUACGUACUUUGAUUUUAAAAGCUGAACUGAAGUUUCUUUUUUUUCUUUUUUUCUUUUUAGUGGUACUUAUUUCUGAGUAAAUAUGCAUAGAUCCAACUUGUAAACUACACCUCUCUGCUUUUGGAGGCAGGGGGAUUACAAGUGGGGAGAAUGCUGUUGCAGUCAGGUCCUGCUCGUGGGUUUUCCAGAGGCCUCUGGGCAGCCAUUGUGAGAAUAAUGAUGAGGAGGAUAAUAAUAAUAAUUUAUUAUAUGCCACCCAUCGGACUGGGUUGCUCCAGUCACUCUGGGCGGCUUCCAACAAAUCAAAACAUCAAACACAGUAAAACACUGAAAUCUUCCCUAUACAGGGCUGUUUUCAAGUGAGCCUUUGGCCUAAUCCAGCUUGAAGGUGGUUCUUACGUUUUUAACGUUCAGAAUCUUCUGUUUUCACACCUUUUGAAUUUCAGCUGGCCAUUGCUAACUGUAGUGAAAAUGGAAAGCCUCAUUCUCACCAUGACAAGGUGGGCCCAUUGCCCUAAUUAUCCUGGCGAGUGAAUUUGUCAAAGCCUAGCCACCACUCUGCCCUUACUCUAUGUAAGAAAGUAUGUGUGCUUGAACCCAGGCAUGGUGGGUUGGAAUAGCCAUUUCCCCCUCCCUCCUGGGGCCAGUUUUGGCUUAUGAGGAAGGAGAAUUCAAGGGUAAGCCAUGGGCUGGUCGUGGAACAGUUGGAUGUUUCCUUUGGAGAGGCAUCGUUGCUUGCUGAUUAGGGCAGUUCAUAAAAAACCUUUUACGAAAAUGCCUGCUCCAAAGGUCUUAUCUUACUACACUCGGGAUUAUAUAGCUACAUCUGAAAUUUCAUGCAUAUCAGUUAAUAUCUUGACCCUGCUCCACUGAAUUGAAAUUUCAGCCCUCGCGACAUAGGAAAACGGCCAAGUAAACAGCUAUUUUCGUGGAGGAGGGUCAAGAUAUUAACUGAUAUGCAUGAAAUUUCAGAUGUAGCUAUAUAAUCCCGUGUAGUAAGAUAAGACCUUUGGAGCAGGCAUUUUCAAAAAAGUUUUUUAUGAACCGCCCUAUUGCUGAUGGCAACUGUGCUGUGGAAUAAAACUCCCCACCCUUUUAUAAACUCGCUUUUAAAGUUAGCUUGAAUGGUGCCUGUUGCUAGCAACCCAUGAUCGAUCCAGUGACGUUUGCCGAAUGUGACACAGUUUCACCUUUGGAACCUUCCAAUCGUGGAAGGGAGACGCAUUUUUCUUUUCCAUAUUCAUUCCCAACCCUAAUAUAGAAAAGCAGUACACUAAUCAAAAGUGGAAUGCAAUGCAACUGAGAUGGCUGCUGGCCACAAUGGCUCAGUUUGGAGGCAGGAGUCCUUGAAGAAUAAGAAUAAGAAGUUUUAUUUAUACCCUGCCCUCCCCAGCCAAGACCGGGCUCAGGGCGGCUAACACCAAAUAUAAAAACAAUUGAUUGAAAUACAGCUUAAAAACAAGAUUAAAAUACAACAUUAAAACAUUAAAAUGCAGCCUCAUUUCAGUGGAAACUCAAUCAAAAACUAGCCUGUUGCUAGUAACCCCUGAUCGAUCCAGUGACAUUUGCCGAAUGUGAAACAGUUUCACCUUUGGAACCUGGUUUCCGAUCGGAGGAAACGGCCUCUUCCAUUGGUAGCACAUUGAGCCCCUCCCCGGGUCCCAGGCAGCCACUAGAAAGGGGCAAAAAAGUAGAUGCUGUUUGUCGCAACGUUCACUGCACACCAUCUUCACAGUCUGCACUGUCCUCUUUUUCAGGCAUCGGCAGGAGAGAAAAAACGGAAGCGGAAGCGAGUGCUGAAGUCCAAAACAUUUGUUGAUGAGGAAGGCUGCAUAGGUGAGGCUUAGCGUGGAGCUGUCCUGGGAUUAACCAAUGAACCGUGUUCGUUUUAACUGAUCAAUUAAGUAACGUAAACAGUAGCAAAAACAGCGAGGUGCUGUUGGAUACAGGAAGGCAAAUCCCUUUGGGCUCUGUAUUAACAGGUGCGGUGCAAUUUGCGUAGCAUCCUAAGUUACCCUGCCAAGCUCGGAAUGCGCUGUCAUAUUGUGUAGGACCCCUUUCCCAAGACCCGUUGCAAGUGGGGGCCUUGGGAGCCUGGAGGAAAGUGGGGAAGUCUGUCCGUCUGUUGAUGAGAAACCCUUGGUGCACAUUCGUCAUGCAAGCCUCUGGCCUGGGUUUUGUCAGGUUAGAAAUGGAUUAAGGAUCUGACUUUCCAAGUUUGGCCAAGUGUUCUGGCCUCCACUUCAGGCGCCUCCGAAGAAACAGGCUCUUUCUUUUCUGUCUAUCCUCAGCCAACCUUCCCCCCCCCCGUCCCCCACCCCUCCGAAAGGAUGCAUCCAGAGCUUGCAAUAACAAAGAUGGACCCCCCUCCCCUUCCAAAGAAAGUGUGGGUUUUACUCUUUAACUUCAGUCUUUUCUAAACAUGUCAAGAGUGGGAAGCUUUCCUUCACCACUUGGAAUAAAUAGUCCUCUGUGGAAUGCUGACAUUACGGAUUUGCAGUCCAGAUCCGGCCCGGUUCAUUUGCUACCCGCACCUCUGGUGUGUUCUUGGCAGGCGGUUUGGUGUAGCAAAGAAAGAUUGGAACGGAAUCGUGGUGAGAAUUGUUUGGAUGGGAGAAGAAGCCUAGCCAUACAUUCAAGUCAGAGAUCUGAAUGUUGCCUUUGCCAAACUUCCAGAAUGUUUGUAUUUGUAUAUGUACGUCUGUCAGGGGUUGGGAUUAGGAGCAUUUGGGUCGUAGGUAUGUAGAGGAUUUCUAGGUGUCCAAUCCAGAGAGAUUUCCCACUCCUCCCAUGUUUAACUUUGGGUUCCUAUUGGGAGCCAAGCUAUUAUGGCUUGCGUCAGGGGUUUCAUACUACAGUCAUACCUCGGGUUGAAUAUGUUUCAUGUUGAACGCGUUCGAGUUGCACUCCGCGGCAACCCAGAAGUAAAGGAGUGCGUUAUUUCCUGGUUUCACCGCUCGCGCAUGCGCAGACGCUCAAAAUAACGUAACGCGCAUGCGCAGAAAGCGGCACGUGCGUGUGCAGACAUGCUGUCGCUAGUUACAUUUCCUUCUGGAUGCGAACGGGGCUCCAGAACGGAUCCCGUUCACAUCCCAAGGUACCACUGUAUAUGGAUUCAGUCUAAGGGUGAGGAAAGACCAGCAGGCCCAGGAAUAUAGUUCUGCAGGAGAAGAAUGGUGAAGGAAAGAUGGGAGUUGGGUUGGGCAGCAAUCAGGAGUCCGUGCCUUGCUUGCCUCGUAUGAUGGCCUUCAGAAUUGUGGGGUUGAUCUGGGGCAGUUUUAAGAGACUGUUGGGUAACCCAGAGGCUGCAAGAAUCAGGGACUUUCCAGUGGUGCAACCGGUUCACGCCGCCCUUUUGUUUCCAGUGACCGAAAAGGUUUACGAGAGCGAGUCCUGCACAGACAGCGAGGGCGACUUCCGCUCCAAGCCCUCCGCGGCUCGCAAGCCGCCUGCCGGGGCUGCCAAGAAGGAGCCGAAGGAGGAGAGGAGAGGUGCAAAGAGAGCUACGAAGGCCAACAAGCAGGCUUCCAUCAUGGGCUUCUUCCAGAAGAAAUGAGCUCCAGCCACUGCCUGGUUUGCAGAAGCUGCGUCAGAGCAGGCUGCCACCGUUUUUGAGGCACAAAUACUUACCGUGUAAGUGGGCUUUCUCCGGAACCAGGAAACGAGACUCACCACACGUGGGAACCUCUUGGUGCCAAAGCUGCUUAGAAAGCAGCCACUUGAGGCAACAGAGCCGCUGUUUGAGAAUCAAAUUAAUUUGCUUUGUGCGGGCCUGUUAAAUAUAUAUCUCUAUAUGUAAAGGCCAAUUUUUUCUUUUAGCCGCCCCGUCCUGCGGCAAGCCCCGCAGGUGGGCUGGCUUCUCCCACUGGCUCAGGUCAACGAAAUGUGAUGUGACUCAGUGUCCCCACCAGCUAUCACUGUCGCACCCCCAACCCUUUCUCUUCACAGUGGUGCCUUCAGAGAGCUUGAUGGAGUCUUCAAGGUUUCUCUGGGGCCAGGCAGCUAUUUGGAAGGGAAAUCUAGCGGGCCCUUCACACAGUUGCCUGCUCUUGUAGCUAUGCGGAAGGGCAGCGAUAGCUGAAGAACCUUGGUGGGGCUUUUUCCUUGUCUCAGCAAAAUGCUGUGAAAGGCGGGACAAGCAAUGGCAACUUUAGAAAUGUCGAAAAGAGUAUUCUGGCCGUGAGUCUUGACGCAGGCUGCCUCUGUUCUGAGAAACACUGGAAAUGAGAAGCAAUUCAGAACCAGCCUGGACUGCCCUCUUCGCUCCUUCUGUUUGUAUGGGGCUUUUGCCCAAAUGAUCUUUUGCCCUCCUCGUCUUCCUCCUGUCGUUCAGAAGGGGAGCCCAACCAAAGAGCACCUGUAGCUGCUGCCUUGCAUGGGGUUUGUAUCAGUUUUAGCAUAAACAAGGUAGGAUGGAGUCUCUGACUGGUUGGCUUCCUUGAUCAACUGCCAAGCACGGUGUGUCCACCACCCCUUUAAUGGAGAAAACACUUGUUAAUGAGGAACCAAAUGACAAGCAACCCUGUUUCGGAAGAUCCAACUCUUUUUUUAAAAGUUAGAAUGAAAGGAAAGGAGCAGGGAGGAGACUGGCUAUUCUUCUCACAAUGCUGCAGUUUGGACAGAUCCGUUCAAUGAAACAUUGAGAGAGGGCAAGAACUCCAUUCUGGUUUGGUUUAGGUCUAGCGGUGGAGUGGGUGGUCUUCCACAGCCACUCAUUAAACCACAACCAAAAUAGAGUAGCAGGUAGAGCUGCUGGUGACAUUAAAAAAAAGAAAGUCAUUUGCCUAUUAUAGAUGCCGCCCAGGCCAAAGGAAAAACAAAAGGGGUUCAUUAUUCAAACCCUGUAUAUUACAGAAAUAAUAUUUUUAUUUUGAGGCUUAGCAGUGGAGGUUUCUCACCCUCCCCAAGCCCCUACUGAAACUACAGCCUGGUUUCUGAAAUCCAUUAUUUGAAGGAUCAGAAUCUGUUCACGGCUGUUGCAGAUGCACGAACCGGCCUACACCUCUGGCUGGCGUCCUUGGGAGUUUCACGUUCAGCAUGGUGUUCUUGUAGUUGCUGAUUUUAUACUGAAGUGCAUUCAAGCCUUAGCCCAGGCCUGCAGGCUGACCUUCCUGACAGACGAUCCUGCUUGACCUUCUCAUCCCAGGUUUCCCCUACGCAUGGGAAGGUGGGUUUGGCAUCCUCGCCUACGACCAUUCCUUCCCCAACCUGCUGCCCUCCAGAUUAAUUUGACUAUUAAUUCUCACCAGACACAACCAGCAGGGAUGUUCUGGUGAGAGAGUUACAGCCCAAAACAUGGAGGGCACAAUGUUGAGUGAGACUACUCUAAGGAGUUCAGGCCAACAGCUGAGUAAGGCUUCACAUCCUUGGGUUAGCGUUGGUUGUUUUUUAAUAUGAAAUAGGAGGCCUCUGCUGGAAAGACUUAGUCCAUUUUUUGCCAAUCUUUUUUUAAAAACUCUUUCCCAAUAAAAUAACACUUUCCCCUUCCUCCUUUGUGUGCUCAGAUGUUUAUGUUGGGGCAAAAAAGCAAAAUGUUAAAUAAAGAUGCAGUCUUCUGCUAAACAUUUUUUUUAAAUAAAUAAAAAAAUCUUGCUGAAGAG